AUAGUGUGUUAAUUGCGACCUAUUUCAACAGCGUCGUAUGAAAACGGACAAAAGGUUAACCUAAUUAGAAGUGUUUCCCUAGAACUGUCAAAAUUGCAGGUGCCCGUUUACUUGCUAUAAUCAAGUAAUCGGCAAUCCGUUAAGCACAAAUGAGAUCAUCCAAUCACAGAAGAGAUAACAGUUAACCGCACGCGCGCCAACUUCGAAACCAUCAGCUGUCAGACUAACAACACAAUGGAGCAGAAGUGAAGAGCUGGGAAGGCGUCUCUUGUCGCAGAAAAAAAUCCCAGCGACAAAGACAGAAAGAAGAGAAGAGAAAAAGAACAGAAUAUUAAAACCAAAAUGGUAGUCAAGAAGAAUUUAAGACGAUCUAAAUCUGAUAAAAAGAAGCAAGUAGGAAAUAAAAAGACACAGCAAACCAACAAGAAGUUGCCAGUGACAGCUGAAUCUGAUAAGACUGUUGAGACUUCCACUGACAUGAAAACAAUAAGAUUAAAAAAUACUAUUGUCACAGAGACUUUGACCCCCGUGAUUAAAGCAGUAGAAAAGUUAAAGGCUACUAUUGAAAAGCAAGCCAGUAUUCCUAAUCAGCAAGUGAAUAAACUACCUGAAGGCUUUCAUACAUCCCGUAUAUCAGCAUUAAGUAAUAUUCGCUGUCUUCAUAUUUUUUAUGAUGGGGCCCCGGAUACAUUUGCUCUGGCUAUUGGAGUUUUAGAUAGCUUUUUAGCAACAAUAAAGGUUAAAGCUCAACAUUUGUCAUGUGCAGCUGCUGCUUGUUAUUUUAUUGCAACAAAAAUCCAUGAAGAGGAAGAGGAUUUACCAUCAGGGACUGGUUUGUGUCAAUUACAUGGAAAUCGUUGGAAGUUAUCUGACCUGUGUAGAAUGGAGAGUGUUAUUUUACGUAAACUUGGUUGGAGACUUCCACUGACAACAUAUCUUACCUGUAUCAACCAUUUUCUAGAAAUAUUGCAAGAGAACUACCCUGCUAUUAGAUCUCAAUGUUCUGUGGAGAGAAUUAUUGAUAUGGCUGAAAAAUAUUUAAGAUUUGGCUAUAGUCAUUUCUUUAAACCGUCCACUGUAGCUAUAUGUGUUUUCUAUCAGUAUUUAAGAGAAGCUGAUCUCUUAGAUUCCAUCAUGUCAGUAUUUGUAAUGAAGUUACAAUCAAUAUGUGCAAUAACUGAUUCUGAGAUGUUUGAAUGUCAACUAGUUCUAUUAAAGGCCGAAGAAUCAGUACCAGAGCCUAUUCCUAAAUCUCAGCGAUUAAGUAAUAGUUUAUUCUUUAAAAUGCGGUGUCGACCUAGUUAUUAUGGUGAAACUGGCUUACCAACUAUAAGCGAAGACAAUACUCAUGACGAUAUUUAGGUGCUAUUUUUUUUAUAUAAAACUGUUAUUUGUAUAAUACCAAAAGAUAUGCGUGUGAUCUCACAAUGUGGAGGGCAACUUAUUUAUUAUCAUAUCAACAUUUAUUGUUCUAUUUUAUAUGAACUACAACAAAUUACAUAGACAUUGGUGGUAUAGAGGGUACGAUUUUAUACUGUGACAUCCAAAUACAUCAGACUUACCAUGUUUAUCAAAAAGGUUUUUAACCUUUGUGAAACAGUUAAACCCCACACAAACUUGCCUUGUUCACAGAAGUCCCUUUAGCCAUUUUUUGUAAUGAGAUUGUUCAUAAUUCAUAAUUACUUGUACAGAAAAUAUUUCAUCAUCAUUAUAAAUAAUCAUCAUCAUCUUGUUAUCCAUCCAUAAAUUUGUUAAUUUCCAUUUAAUGUUUUAAAAAUUAUCUGUGAUAAGACAAGCAAUAGAUCCCCAAAUGGGACAUGUACAUUUUUAUUAUAUUGUUGAUAUCAUAAAAAUAUAGUGCAAAGUCUGUAGCAAAUAAUGUUAUAGUAUACUUAAUUAUUGUAAUUGGCAAUAUGACUUCUAUUUGUUUAAUAUAUACCAAGACACAAUGAAAAGGCACUGCUGUAGUUGUUGUAGCAUGAUGUGCCAGUCUUGUCAAUGCUUUGUCACAGGUUGAUGACCAGACAUUGGCUGAUCUCUAGUGGACACUGUCUGCUGGAAAUGAUUGAUCAGUCUCCAGAUGGUUAUGUGAGCAUCCAAAUAAGAUUUACAAUGCUGCAUUUUCAUUGUGUCUCGAUAUAUAUAUAUAUAUCUUAUCAUCAAAGGGACUUAUUUGUAUGAAUCUCGCAAAAAAAAAAAGAAUUCUGUAAUCAUAAGCAUGUUGUAUUGAAUUGAAAUCUCCUAUAACAGAUCAUUUAUAUUAUGCAAAAUAUUAAAUUAUUUUAGAAAGAUGUUUUCAAAAUAUUUUUACAUUUUGGCAAGUCAACAGACUGCAUUUAGACUUUAACCCAGUGGAAGGUUUUGAAGGGGCUUAUUAACCUAUUUGAUGAGAAGGAUGUAUUAGAAUGUUGAGUGUUAGUAACAUUUAAAUUACGCAAUAAAGUAGAUCUGGAUGUUUUAGUCAAUGUAUAUAAUUAUAUGUGAUUGUUUUUAUACAGAAGAGAGUAUUGUAAAGUCAUAGAAAUGAUUAUUCAUGUAGUUAAAGAUAUUUUAUCAAUAUUUUAAUUUAUACAAUUUGUAAUCCAUGUACAUUGAGAAUGAAUGGGUGUAUUAUAUUCUUUUAGGUGUAAAUGAUUAUUAGUUAAUUAAAACAGUUAUGUGUAUGUGCUUGUAUAUAAUAAAAGUAAAUAAUUUAUUAACUAUAAUAAAAGUAAAUAAUUUAUUAACAACAAAAAUACAUUAUAAAUGUUUAAAAUAUAUUACUAAAGUAAACAGUUAAUGUGGAAAGAAGUUCUAGUUGAUUGAUAAACCAUUUCUAAACAAAUCUGUUUAAAUCUGCCAUUUUGAUUGUUAGGGUUGUCAUUAAUUGCUUAAUCUAGGCAGUAUAGGCAUGGUAGCCCAGUUUCUGUUAUGAACACAAUAUUAAGAUUUGAAGGAAAAUCAAUCCACUAUUUCUGUACAGUUAAAGAAAUUGUUUAGUGGAUGAAUGAAUGUUAUUACUUAAUUUCAUAUGGUCAAUCCACAAAGACAGACCAAAAUGCAAUAAUAAAAAAAUAAAAAAAUGUUUAGUAA